AUGUCCCGUUACAACCAAACGCAUGCAGGCUACGCACAGACCUUUAAGCUGGUCGUAGUGGGUGGAGGCGGUGUUGGCAAAUCCGCUAUCACCAUCCAAUUCAUUCAGAGCUACUUUGUGACUGACUAUGACCCUACGAUCGAGGAUUCCUAUACCAAACAAUGCGUCAUCGACGAUGUACCUGCAAAGCUCGAUAUUCUCGAUACGGCCGGUCAGGAAGAGUUUAGUGCGAUGCGCGAACAAUACAUGCGUUCCGGGGAAGGAUUCCUGUUGGUGUUUGCCGUAACCGAUCACGCCAGCUUUGACGAGAUAUACAAAUUCCACAAGCAAAUACUACGGGUGAAAGAUCGUGACGAGUUCCCAAUGCUGAUGGUGGGCAACAAGUCGGAUCUCGAUCACCAGCGUGUCGUAUCGCUGGAGGAGGCACAACAAUUAAGCCGGCAGCUAAAAAUCCCAUACAUCGAGUGUAGCGCGAAGCUGCGCAUUAACGUCGACCAAGCGUUUCACGAGCUCGUGCGCGUUGUGCGAAAGUUCCAACUGUCCGAGCGGCCGCUUGUGGACGAGAAGGGCAAGCGAAAGAACAGGAAAAAGUGUUGCCUGCUGUAA